UUGAAUGUAGCUAAAAUCAUUUAUGAAAAUCUAUAACAAAACAAAAAGUGAUCUAAUGUUAAAAACAAAAUGAAGUUUUAUGAAGAAAACGCAUUAAAACUGUGUGUUUAUCUGUGAAGCAAAAGUGUGCGGGUUUGUAAGUGAGGUUAAGUGCGCAGAACCUUCUUGUAGAGUCGAAAAAAAACACCAUUUUGCACCGUGUUGCACUGAUAAGGAUUCGCUCGGUUCAGUUGUGUGCCUCGUGCAACUAAACGCGUGUAUUGAAAGUGUGCGUGUGUGUACUGUUGAUUGCUUCUCUGUGUCUGAUCAUGCAGGUUUAUCAAACUCGAUCAUCGAUCGAUCAAUCAGCAGCAGACGUAAACGAAAGUGAAAUGCGAUAUUUUUUUAAUGUCUUGUAAUCUUGAAAGAAGCAUCUGCAGCAGCUAGAACAGUGAAAAGUGCCCAUUUAAAAGUGGAAUUUAAAAAAAAUCACAAAAGCAGUUAAUGAUCGCAUUUAAAAGCAAUUAAAUAGUGCUUGUAUGUGUGUGUGUGAGUUUUAGUGUAAAAAAAAAGCCGGUAUACAGCGAUGUCGACCAAAAUCAGCAACGGAAACAGUGGUGGGGCCAAUCCCGCAUCCAACACAACUUCAAUUACCGCCAACAAUAAUAACAACAACGAUUCGCCGGACGUUCAAGUGACCGUUAAGGAUCUUCCGAUCUCGUUUAAGGUCAAAUAUCUUGGAAGCCAACCAGCCACAGGACUUUGGGGAAUCAAACACACGAGGCUACCGGUGGAUCAUUUAGUCAGCCUUGCCAAAAAUUUACCACCAAACCGAAUUCUUCCCUUCUGCAAUCUUACCGUAUCGCUCGACGGUGUGAAGAUAGAGUCGAUCACCUCCAAGCUGACGUCAGUGUCAAACUUUACGAUCGAUACGAUUUCGUACGGUGUGCAGGAUCUGGUGUAUACUCGGGUCUUUGCAAUGAUCGUCGUCAAGGAGAAUUACAACCUUAAGGAAAAGAACCCGUUCGAUGUACAUGCGUUCGUGUGCGAUAGCAGAGCGAUGGCCCGAAAGCUUACCUUCGCCCUGGCCGCCUCUUUCCAGGACUACUCGAAACGAGUAAAGGAUGCGGAAGACAAGAACGGUGGCAGUGGUGGCGAUUCGGAGAAAUCACUGCGAAAGAAGUUUGCCAUUGAUCUACGAACGCCCGAAGAAAUGCAACAGGACAUCACAGAACAGGAGACGGAAGCGUGAUUGGGCUGAAAAGGAAACGCUACACAACAACACAAAACCAACAGAACAUUCACACGGGACCAACCUGAGUGUAAAUCCUAGUCCUUAUGCUAACGAGCCAGCUGGAGGACACGAUUGGUUUAGUUUAACCUCCAGCUUCCAGUUCCGCACCGUGCACCAGACCGGUGACCGAAUGGAGUCGCGUAUUACUUACUUGCGUAUUGUACCAAAUGAUACCUUUUUUUGUUGUUGCUUUUCGACCGUUCCGUUUAUCGUAACCACGGUACACGGUUUUAUACUAGUUGUACAAUUUUAAAACGAAUGAUCACGAACGAAUGCUUCCUAAUGUGGUUUCUCGAGUUGUGUCGAGGAUAUGUGUCGAGGAGAUGUACGAAAUAGUGUUGGAAUGAAAUGUUGAAUAGGUAAAUAAGUUUAAGGAAGCCUAGAGGCUUAUGCUUUGCUAGGCUUCACUACUGCGAACUACAGUAGUGCGAUUGAUUUUAUUUCAAUAAACUUUUGUGAGUGCAAA